AUGCGGGACGUUCGUCAGGAUGCAGUGGGCGUUGAUCGUCGGACCAUUUAUGGCAUGUUGGAGUCGAAAUUUCAAGACUUUGGCUUGCCGGGACGAGUGUGCCUUCUUCGUUUCAUCUGCGAAACGGCACAGUGGAAAAUUUCCCGACAUAAUGGACUCACUGGUGAUCUCUUGAGGAUUUUAUUGACGCCAUCUUCAUCGGCUGACGAGGACUUACCAGACGACUACACCCUAGCUGAAGAGCAACCAGAUGAUUGCGACAAAACUUACUCCCGGUGUCCCAUUGGAAUUUACGACUACAUAACUUCAACUGAGGAGUGACCAUAUCGCCAAACCCCCUCAUAUCCUUGGAUUACA